AUGAUGAUGUUGGAGUUUUCCUGGGACUGGGCGUCACCGUGGUCAUCUUAUCAGUGGUUUUUGUAGCUCUGAUGCUUAAAAAGUCAGCCAGAAAAAGAAUUAACUCCAUCGUUGUGUCACUCUUGCCAAAAUGGCUGGUUGAAGACUUUCCCCACAUGGAAAACAGCAACGUGGUGAAGUCACUCCAGGAAAAGAGUGAUUUCCCAAGUCACAGCUUCCAUGAGCCAUUCUUGGAUGCCAGUGACCCUGCAGUCAUGGAAAUUGAGGAAGUGCCCGUGCACAAGGAGUACAAGAACGUGGCCACCAGGAGGAAGACCAGCAGAGAGGUCCUCAAGGACGAGAAGCACCCGAGGAGCAUGGUGCCCACCAACAUCACCACCCCCCAGCAGAUCAGUGACUACAAACCUCAGGUGUCCGACACGAACCCGCUGGGGUACGUAGCUGCCAACGUUGACCCAACACAACCCCCUGCAGCCCUCCCAGAGCCAGAGCUGAACGUCUUCUUCAAGGACUACACAAGCCCUGUUCCUCACCUGUGGGAUGGGGAGGGAGGAGGCCACCACGUCUGUCUGCUGGAGAAGAUCAACCUCAUCUUAAACAGCAGCCGGAGUGGGCAAAGCCACGUGUUCAGCUCAGCCCAGGGGGGACCUGGGUCUCUCCUGGAGAACCAGUGGGGACAAACGUUGGCCAGGGAUGUUCAGGAGCAAACACUGGUCCCUGAGGAGCUGGUCUCCUGCCUGAGGGCUAUGAACGGGGAGUCAGUGGAAACAUGCCACGAGAGGACUCUGCCUGCCACCAAAGGUGCCCACAGCGCCGCGGAGGUCUGCGCCAAAGGGAACAUGACCACGAGCACAGCUCAUGUCCAGCCUGGUACCAACGUCACCCUCUUGUGCCAGCUGAGCCCCCAGCCCCAGCAGUGCAGGAUAGCAAUUUUCCUGAACAGCUCUGAACUCAACAGCAGCUCCAGCAGCUCAGUGAGCGCCACGUUCCCAGUCCGUGCCUGGGGCAAACACGUGUUCACCUGCAAAAGGGUUUGUGAGCAUAAGAAAAAACUCAUCUGUGGCAUCGAAAUUCAAUCUGGGAUUCCUCCAGAUGAGCCACGAAACGUGUCGUGUGUCCAGUACGGGACCGACGGCCGCCCCACCUGCAGCUGGGACAAAGGGAGGUCCACGUACAUCAACACUACCUACCUGCUGCAGCUAUCAAAUGGGACAAAUGUCUUCUGUGCCUCAGAAGAAGGUCUGAAUGAGAAGGUUGGCUCGCUGGCUCUGAGCAAGUUGAGUUUUGACUCUACUUACACCCUGGUGGUUGCUGCCUCCAAUGAGCUAGGCAGUGCCUCUUCACAGCCACUGGUGUUCACGUUGCUAGACAUAGUGAAACCACAUCCUCCCAACUUUUCAGUGGAAUUUGGAAACUCCUCCAUGGCCCACUGCACCUUUUUUUGGCACGACGGAGCGCGAGCGCAGCACUGCAGGCUGAGGUACCGGCCGCUCGCCAGGCACUCCUGGAGCAUGGUGGAAAGCUUGAGGGCUGAGAGGUGCAGUCUGGAUGGUCUGGAGCCUCACACAGCCUACGAGUUCCAGGGCAGCUGCAAAAUCCACCCUGAAAGAGGACUGUGGAGUAGCUGGAGCACGUUCCAAGCCCGGACUCCAGAAGCAGCACCAACUGGGCUCCUGGACCUCUGGUACCGACAGCAGGAUGUGGACACCCAAAGAGUGAACCUCUCUCUUUUUUGGAAGGCUUUGAGCAGGUGGGAGGCAGGAGGAAGAAUCCUCCACUACAGAGUGACCCUGGAGGCCCUGGCCCCACGGAGCCCCCCUGCAGUGCAAGGACACCUCACCACCCACACCAGCUACACCAGCACCGUGCCCAGGGGGGGCUACAAGAUCACACUCACUGCUGAGAACUCACGGGGCACGUCCCCCCCUGCCUCCAUCUUCACCAGCCUGGGCACCCAAGAUCUACCUCCUCCUCAGAACGUUUCUGCCAUACCCUUGGGCAACAGCAGCAUCCUCAUCAGCUGGAAACCACCCAGCAGAUCAACAGUGCCCAUCAAUGGGUACGUGGUGGAGUGGGCAGAGACAGGGAGGGACCCACUCCUGGAGCCUCAGCCAGCCUGGGUGAAGCUCCCAGCAUCCAACCUCUCCACAGUGAUAGCAGAGCACAUUGAAGACAACACGUGCUAUCAGAUCACCGUGCUCACGCUCUACCAGGACGGGGCUGGGCGAGCAGCAGAAGUCCAAGGACACUCAAGAGCAGAAGCUCCAACAGCUGGACCCCAGAUGUGCACAGCAGCCCGGGCCAACGGCGUGGUGGUGUCCUGGGAAGCCCUCCCUGCCCAGCAGCAACGGGGCUGUCUCACAGCCUACAGGGUGUACCUGCAGAGGAAGGACAGGCAGGGAGCCCCUGCUGUCUAUGCCAUUUCCAACGUGAGUGGCCCACGCUCGCUGCACAUCCCCGACCUGCAGCCCGGCGAGCUCUACACCCUCUGGAUGACAGCAUCAACCCCUGCUGGAGAGGGCCCCGGGGGCAACAGUGAGCUCCUCUGCUUGGAAGGUGCUGGGGACUGGGUGACUGUCGUGCUCACCUGCAGCUUCCUCAUCCUCUCAGCCUGCGUUUGUUCCGUGCCUCCAGUGAGGAAAGUGUCCCGCUCGCUCCUCUCCGUGCUGGUGCCACAGUGGCAGGGCAAAGCCAUCCCAGACCCAGCCAACGCCACCUGGGCCAAGGACUACUUCUCCAUGAAGGCGGAGCUGCGCUCCCCCUCCAGCCUCUUCCUGCCCACCACCGGCGGCUUCGAAGAGCCCGAAACCACCCAAGUGGAGGAAACCUUCCAGAAGACAGAACCCCCAGGGCUGGGGGACAAGCUCGGGGCCACGCUCCCCUCGGGCAGCCCCAGCAGGAGGGGGAGUGGCAGCCAGGGGCCGGAGGCUCCCACUGACCAGCACCUCGGCGGCACGGGGCAGGAGGAUGUCUACGACCAGCAGCUUCCCCACUCCUACAAGAAGAUGGAGGUGGAGGUGGAGGAGCAGGUGGAGACCCCUCCCGAGUACCUCGCCGACCUCCUCACCACGGGGCUGCCCCCACCUCCUGAGCUGCACCCCGAGCUCCAGCCACUCUCUGCUUUCCCAACGACUUUUCUGGCCCCCAUCACCCCCCACGGAGGGAAUCUGACUUUGGAUAAGGUGAAAAUAAGCUGCAGCUCUUCCCCCAG